AGCCAUGUCUGAAACCCACCACUUGUAACGAUUCACAAUGCUGCUUCUUCUCCUUCUACCCAUUAUCAGCUCCUCUGUGGACCAGAUAGAGUUCAGAGUACAGGAGAACUCUCCUCCCCGCACUCUCGUCGGAACACUGCGCCGAGCAGGAGCUGCUAUGUUUACCCCAACUUCUAAUAUCGAAGAGUUUAGUGUGGAUAAGAAGUUCGGAGACAUUAGGGUCGUCAUCAGCCCUGAUAGAGAGUCACGUGACAGGUACGAGAUGACCGUGGUAAUAGUGUUCGACAGUUCUGACGAAAUCUCCCGGACCCCGCUAGCUCUAUCUGUCGUCAUCAUAAUCACUGAUCAAAACGAUAACUCUCCUCAGUUCCCUAGGAAAAUUAUACCCAUGACGAUAACAGAGUCGCAGCCAGUAGGGUUCAAAAUACCACUAGACCCUGCAGAGGACCCGGACCUUGGCACUAACAGUACCCAAACUUACCAGAUUAUCAACGAAGGCUCCCCGUUUCGUCUGGAGCAGCAGAAGCUGGGAUUUGACGACCAGUACUCUUGUAACCUGGAACUAGAACGGUCACUGGACAGGGAGUACAAGGACUACUAUGUGAUCGAGAUUGUAGCGAGUGAUGGAGGUAAUCCUAGGAGAUCUGAUAAAAUGACACUUCAGAUUAAGGUAGCUGACGUUAACGACAACACGCCCCAGUUCAACCAGUCCAUAUACCGGCCCUCAAUCUUAGAGAACGCUCCUGUUGGAAGUGUGGUGUGUACGGUGCUGGCUUCUGACAAUGAUAAGGGAGAUAACGCUAAGAUUACCUAUCUUAUCGAGCCGAGGUUCAACAAGGACGGUCUCUUCUCAAUAGACCCUGACACUGGUAUAAUAUCACUAUCCGGUUCCCUUGACAGAGAGACUUCUUCCUCUCAUGAGCUGGUUGUACGAGCUACUGAUAAUGGAGAGUUCCCGGAGAGAACAACAGUUCGAGUUUCAGUGACAGUACAAGAUGUUAACGAUAACACCCCUCAGAUAAAUCCAACAUUCCUUUCACAGGAGGACGAGGUUGGUAUGGUGUCUGAGGCUAGUAAAGUAGGGGACUAUGUAGCGCACGUUAAUGUAGAUGACCUGGAUACUGGUGACAAUGGAAAAGUAGAACUCACGUUACACGGAGAAGGAGCCCCAUUUGAGAUAGUUAAAGUAGGAGCAGGGUACGCUAUACAAGUGUCAGGCCCCCUGGACCGUGAGUCGCGCGACACGUGGCACGUGUGGUUAGAGGCGCGUGACGGUGGUGUCCCCAGCAGGGUCGCUCACAAGAACAUAACUAUCAAAGUGGUUGAUGUGAACGAUUGUGAACCUGUUUUUCAAGAGGCAAUGUACAGAUGUAACGUUAGUGAGAUUGCAGAGAAGGGUACUGAUAUCGUUCAAGUGACUGCCACUGAUGAAGACUUAGGAGUCAACGCUGAAAUAUCCUACAAGAUAGUGACAAUAACAACCAUUGGACAAAAUAACGGGGACCUCAAUACACCGAUCAGUUUCUCCAUCAACUCAAAGACUGGUGUGAUCAGUACAGGCUCUCAGAUAGAUCGUGAAGCUAGAGAGUCUGUAAAACUCACUGUCGAGGCACAAGAUGGAGGCAAUCCUACCCUAAGGUCGAGAUGUACUGUCAUUGUCGAUAUUAUCGAUUACAACGACAACGAUCCCAGGUUUGCACAGCGACACUACACGACCCUGGUGAGAGAGGACGCUAUGAUUGGUUCGGAGGUUCUGACAGUUCAUGCUACUGACGCUGACGCUGGCGGUCUAGCCCCCCUCACUUACUCCAUCAAGGAUUACUACAGUGCAGCUAGGAGCGUCUUCGCUAUUGAUCCGAGUACGGGUGUUAUUACAACCUCAGCUGAUCUGGAUUACGAGCAGCAGAAGAGUUAUAACCUGGUGGUUGAGGCUCACGACCAUGGUGGACGACGGGGCGUUACUUCUGUCGAGGUAUUGAUAAGAGAUCUGAACGACAACAGUCCCCAGUUCUCUCAAGCCACCUAUAGAGCUAGUCUCCUCCACACUGUCCUCCCCGGCACCCUCGUCACUAGAGUAUCAGCGUUUGAUGUAGAUGCCGGUCUAAACGGAGUGGUUUCCUACAGUAUUCUCCAGGGAGCCGAGAUGUUUGCCAUUGAGCCCAAAACUGGUUUUAUCAGAACUGCUGUGUCACUACGAGGUCUUACAAACGUAACAGAGCGGCUAAUAGUACAAGCAGUAGACGGAGGCAGUCCUCAACAGAGCAGUGUCUGCAAUAUACUGGUGCUUAUCGGCAGUCUCAGCACUAUCGACCUCAAACCUAUAUUUACCAGCCAGGAGUACAGUAUAGAUGUAGCUGAGUCUCUAGAAGUUGGACACGUGAUAACCACCGUAUUCGCCAGAUCUCCUGAUCCCGACUACUCAGGUUCAAUAAAGUACACGAUCAGUAAGUUAACACAGCAAGUACACGACAGCUUUACUAUCGGCGAGGACUCUGGCCGAAUUACCAGCAAGUCUACUCUGGACAGAGAAACUGAGGAUUUCUACAACUUUGUGGUGGAAGCUACUGAUGAGUUGGGGAGACAGGGGAUGGCUGCUAUUCAGGUUACAGUAACUGAUGUUAACGACAAUAAGGCCCAGUUUUCUGCUACUAGCUACCAUUUCUCUGUCAACGAGAAUCUUGAUGAAGGAGUAGUUGUGGCGCAGAUCACUGCUAGUGAUCUCGAUUACGGAAUAAAUGGUUUAGUACAGUACCUGAUAGUACACGGAGAAUCAGACCUGCCCUUCAACCUGGACUCCUACACAGGGACCAUAUAUCUAACGGAAGAAUUAGAUUUCGAGACAAGAACCAGUUACCAGUUCACUGUCCGAGCGUUCAAUAAAGUGACUCCUAACUUCUAUCAGGAGACUCCUGUUAGAAUCAGUGUUUUGGAUGUUAAUGAUAAUUCACCACUCUUUGUCCAGUCUCACUUCCACUUCAACCUUCUAGACUCUUCUCUUGAUAAUGCAGCUGUGGGGGUUGCCAUGGCUACUGAUGCAGACAGCGGGAGAAAUGGAGAUGUUUACUACACAUUACAACCCACAGUCAACAGCCAUCUGUUCGAGGUGGACUUGAAGACAGGAGAGAUCAGAACUGCUGUGGUGUUUGCAAACAGAGCAGAUCUUCAGGAGCAGUAUAAUCUUAAGGUGCUGUGUCGAGACCGCGGUGUGCCCUCACUAAACUCCUCUGCUCUUGUUACUGUCGAGGUUUUGAGUACUGGUCAGGUGGUCGACAUUCUUCAGCAGGUUUUAUCGAAUGAUGCCAUCUCCCGCAAAGCCAAGUAUCUGAUCGUAUUCUUCGCUGCUGCUUUCCUCUUCUCAACAGUUGUCCUAGUGUGUUUCAUCAAAUACCACAGAGACAGGAAAUCUAAGUACAGGAAUUUAACGCAAAUAGACAGGAAGUACGACCCACCACCCGCACCCGGUCCUGCUCCCAUGAAAUCCUCUGAGAACCUAAUGAGUCUAGGGGGAGGUGAAAUGAUGGGACUCUCCUCCGAUACGCUCCUCUCCAGACCCCCCAAAUCCACGUGCAGCAACAACUACAAAUAUGUGGAAUGCGGCAGUUACUGUCCUUCUAUACCUGAACGAGAGUACAGCCAAGAAAUCAUAUCUACCAGUUUCUUUGCUGAUAACAACCAUAAGACGAAGUUGUCCAGGGAGUCCCUCCCUCCGCCUCCUCCCCCAAACAUUCCCACCUUCAGCUCCAAAGAGUGUUUGAAUUUUAAUCCUUCCAUCAGUUCUAGAAUACCCGAGACUUUGCUACCUGAUUCACAGCAAGUCACUUCUCGGUCAGAUUUGGGGAGUAGUUAUGAUUUGUCGCCCGCUUGUUCCAAUAAACAAUGUCACGAUAACCGUUGCCAUAGCAACGAGUCGGGUGUAGCUAGUGGACUUGGUUCCACGCCGCCCACCAGUGAAAUUAACUUUCUUAAAAAAGAGCUGGAACUGAGAAAGGACUCUUGGAUGUCGAGCGACGAUAGCUUGUUUAAAGUUAAAAACCCUGCUAGCUCCUUACAGAGUCUUCCAGGACAAAAAGUAAAUUUAAAUGAUAAAAGACAAGUUCGGUUCCAGAAACUCAAUGAUAGCUAUGUGUAGUCUGGUAUUUUUAGAUUUUGUUUUUUUGGUACAAUUUUAGGUUAUGGCUCACUUUAAAAUGAGGUCCUAUGACUGAUACUGGUAUAUAGUGUUGUUUUAGGUUAUUUAACAGUAUGUAUACAACUUUUAUUACCAAGCACUGCUUUGAAUCAAUUGUAUCUACCAUUUGAAUUGGGCAAAGUUAGUGAAUUGGAAACUGUUCUGAAAACAGGUAGAUAUGAGUCAAAGCAUCUUCUAGAGUGUACCUAUUUCAUUGUUUAUUGUUAAUUAUUUGUAACUUUUUUCAAAUUGGUAACAGGAUUGUGAUUGUAUUUGUUUAACUUAACUUAAUUAUGAGUUGCCACAGGGAUAUUUCCAACUUUAGGUUCGUAAGAAAUAGCACAUUUCUUUAUCUAGGAAUAGAAAGAAAACAAUUGUUGCAAGUUUUAUUACUAUGAGUUUUUUAAAUAUUCUUAAGUCGGGAUUAUACCGUCUUUAAGCCUUUGCCUGAACGAUGAACUUACUAAGGUUUCCAACUAGAAUUAUCUCCUUAAAAUAAUAGUAUUUGCAAAAAACUGAAUUGAUUGCAAUUUUCCCUGGGAAAAUUUUUCCCAAGACGCCCAUGACCUGGUGUACUGUUUACACUUCCUUAAUUUGUCGGGUUCAAUAUAAUUUAAUGGGUCGUUCCCCCCCCCCCCCCCCUCCCCCCUCCGUAAUCAGUUUUACACAUAGCUAUUGUGUCCAAAUUACACUAGCGUCAUCAUUUAGAAAUCCCCUCCCUUGGCUGAUUACGUAAAAUGUGAACGACCCCAUAUAAUGUAAUGGCUUGUUCUAGAGUCAAACUUAUUUUUUGUAAAUUUUGAUACAUUUAUUCGUAACGUUUUAGACCGAAAAAUCAGAUUUCCGAUUUAAACUGCUUAUUGUGAGUUAGAAAGGAGCUUUAGAAAAAUUAAGUUAAAAUUCUUGAAAAAUGUUUUUAAUUAUUUACGUUUAACACAAAAAAGAAAGGCCAAAUUAAAGUUAAAUUUAAACGCGUUGUUUAUGUCGUGAAACUGUCCAUAGGUAUGAAAGUUCUAACUAAUUAGUUAUACAGAUCAAACACUCGUAUGGAAGUACCCAUUUAUCAUUAAUGUUUAUAAUCAUAAUAUUAUUGAUCUUUCAUUGUCAAAAGUAUAGGCUCUCCUUAUAUAUGUACUUUCCAUUUCAAAGAUCCUCAAUCAAUUUUUAUAUAAUUUUUACCUAAAAUUAGUGUAUUUCUUUUUGUCUCCGCCAGACUAAAUAAAAAUAGAGAUAUGUACUUAUUCGAUCUUCAAAAAUAUCGUACUUUCAAUUAAAAUAAACAUCCAAAAAUGAGACCCUGGCGAUGGUACGCUCUUCCCAAUUUUGGGUUUCGGUACAACUACAAAUAUAUUUAUAAUUAUAUGUUACUUAUGG